UCGUAUUCUCUAUACUUGUUUGUACAUUAGGAAGAUCUUUUGAAAUAUAUUUUUUGGAAAGAUCGUUUGCAAAAUUUCUUGGGCAUGUCUCGCAAGUUUUUCGCCGUCGCCUUGUUGUGUCGACAGCAGUCGCUUGCCAGCUGUGCGCUCCGUGGACCAGCCGGGAGCUGCUGUGCCCGGGUUGCUUCCGAGUCUCGGAUGUCGGUUAGCCAGCGAAGCGUAACCAUGUUCGCUUGCGAGAGUCGCAGUGAUUCGAUCACGUGUCGUCACCCGCGCAGACGUCCGCCGGAUGAGAAGCAGCUGCCGGCCAGACGACGGGUUUGCCCCAUCCGUGUGCGACGUGGGAAAAUGCCGAAGCUGGGCGACCAAAGCCAGAAGCGGAUCUUUAAGGUGAUCGAGGUGCUCGAACCACGUCGGAUUCCACCUCCACGGCAGUAUUUCAGCACAGAAGAGCUGUUCGUUACUGUGGGAGCAAGUGAAGAGCCCUGCGGAAAAACCAAAACGCCACCAACAAGCCCACGGGGACCAACAGGUCCAAAAGGACCAACAGGACCAGCAGGACCACCAGGACCACCAGGACCAACAGGACCACCAGGACCAUCAGGACCAACAGAACCUCGAAGACCACCACCACCACCACCAGGUCCAUCGGGGUCAGGAAAGGACAGCAAGCUGCCCGCUGUACGAGGCCCAGCUGGAGGCGACGGUGGCGCCUCAUCAGCCAAGGGCGGAAAGGGUGGAAAGGGUGGAAAGGGUGGAAAUGGUGGAAAGGUUGGAAAGGGUGGAAGUGGUGGAAAGCCACGCGUCAUAACCUUGAUGCCCGGCGAUGGCAUUGGCCCGGAGAUAUCGCUGGCCGUGCUGGAGGUACUGAAGGCAGUUCAGGCGCCACUCGUAUUCGAGCCGGUUGACGUGACGCCCGUGAUGGACAAAGCGGGAAGGACAUCAAUACCUGAAGCUGUUAUUGAGAGCAUGCAGCGCACCAAGCUGGGUCUGAAGGGUCCGCUGAUGACGCCGGUGGGCAAAGGCUUUCGCUCCCUGAAUCUGACGCUGCGCGUGCUGUUUAACCUGUACGCGAAUGUGCGUCCGUGCCGCUCGCUGGAAGGCGUGGAGACUAGCUACGGCAAGGUGGAUAUCAUAACCAUACGCGAGAACACAGAGGGCGAGUAUUCGGGCAUUGAGCAUCAGCUGGUCAAUGGGGUCGUGCAGAGCAUCAAGCUGAUCACACGGCCCGCCUCGAUACGCGUCGCCGAAUACUGCUUCAAGUAUGCCAUUGCCAUGAAUCGCAAGAAGAUCACCGCGGUGCACAAACGCUCCAGCAUGCGGAUGUCGGACGGUUUGUUUAUCAACUGUGUGCGCGAGGUAUAUGAGAAAUACAAGGAUCAGCUGAAGAGCAAGGGCAUCGUCUACGAGGAGGCAGCCAUUAGCACGGUCUGUCUCAAGAUUGUGGCCGAUCCCACGCAGUUCGAUGUGCUCGUCCUGCCCAAUCUCUAUGGCGACAUCUUGUCGGACACAUGCGCCGGUCUCGUUGGCGGCCUGGGCCUGACGCCCUCCGGCAACAUCGGCACCAGCGGCGCCAUUUUCGAGGCUGUUCACGGCACCGCACCGACCAUAGCUGGCAAGGAUCUGGCCAAUCCGACGGCCCUGCUACUCUCGGCCGCCAUGAUGUUGCGCUACAUCAAUAUGAGCCCCUUUGCCGAUAAAAUCGAGCGGGCCGUCCUUCAAACCAUCAAGGUGGACAACGUGCGCACCGUGGACCUGGGCGGCAAGGCCAAGUGCUCCGAAUACACCAAGGCACUCAUUAAGAAUCUCAAGUGAUCUCCUGCACCAAUCGAGUACUCCCAAAUCUCUGUGACCGAGACGAACAUUGAGAUUUAGGCGUUAAGCGAGCGCGAGCCCAACGUGAACCCUAGUCGAAUCAGAUAGAAACUCAAUUUGUCAUGUUCUUGAUUUUUGAUGUAGGAUAAUUAUUUUACUAAAACUCCCAUUUGUCUUUAGUAUACAUUUUA